GUCCAAAACUCGUCACCAUCGCGAUAUUUCUUUUCCGACUUUCCUCUAACAGGUCGCGGAGAAGAGACUCGAACCAGAAUGCUCUCCAAAAUAGUAGGACCCAAAUAUGUCUCCAUUGCAAGGACGUGGGUUCCCACACUGACUUUAUGGGGAGGAGUUGGGGGCAUUGCACUCGUCCAUUUCACAGACUGGAGACUGAUCCUGGACUAUGUGCCCUACAUCAAUGGAAAGUUCAAGAAGAAUGACUAGAUGUGUGAACUUCAAGCGUAAGGUCUGACUGUUUGCUGAGGUUGGAUUGAAUCAAGGUGAACAUCCUAACUGCGAAUAACUGAAGGGACAUGGGCACAGCUAGACUGCGAGAAAUGGACUAAUGAACCAUCUUGUGUAAUUUCUGUGCAACUAAAAAAAUAUAUAUAUAUAUAAAAUUGUGUUUUUGUUUUGUUUUUUUUUUUGGGAAAAAAGUUAUAAAUGCAAAGCUGGGUCUCACCAUACAGGUGUACCUCUGCCAUAACAGACAACUUUAACUAUGAAUUAUUUUUUAGCAGCCAUGUACGGAACCUGCUGCAUAUUUAUAAUCUGACCACUUAAGUCUGAAUAAACUGAAAGCAAGACUUUAAAUGCUAGUAGAGUCCCUGAAUAAUCAAGCUUUGAUAAUUAACUGAACUGUGCUUCUGUCUGAAAGGACCCAGUUACAUUGUGCUUACGUAAAACUAAUUGACUGUAUAAUGAGGCAUUCGUUUCUUUCUGUACUCCCCACCUCCUGUCUCCUACAUCUGGGUUGACUGAUGGUGCUUGUCAAUAAAAGAGCAGAACUUUCA